AAAAAAAAAAAAGAAUAAGAAGAAGGGAAAAAGUAAGCAAGCAAAAUAAAUAGUUGGGCUAAUUUUUGUCUGCAAAUAGGUCAAGAGACCAAGAGAGAGAUCAUCUCAUCACCAAUUCUACAAGAUUUCCAUUGUUUAUUAAGAACUAGACUUUAGGGAAGUUCAGUGGAAGCUCCAUUCUGUCUACUUCUAAAAGCUACUCAUUUGAAAAGUUGCUACUACCAAUUGAAGCUGAAACCCAUUUCAAAUCUGCCGCAUAUAUAUCGUGUUGGACUGCUCUGCCUUUGCCUCUGCCUCUGCCUCUACUCGUUUAUUGCUUCAACCUGCUCCAUGACAGUGGUGGCUAUGUCGUCGUCUCUGUCAUCAUCUUCUUUAAGCAAGAAGAAGAGUUUAAGCAGCUCUAGUGAUGAUGAUCAUUCUGAUCAACUUAGGAGAGGCCCAUGGACUCUCGAAGAAGACAAUCUCCUUGUUCAUUACAUUGCUCGUGAUGGCGAGGGUCGAUGGAAUUUGCUUGCAAAACGUGCUGGAUUGAGAAGAACAGGGAAGAGUUGCAGACUCAGAUGGCUGAAUUAUCUAAAACCCGAUGUUAAGCAUGGAAAUCUUACUCCUCAAGAACAGCUCUUGAUUCUUGAUCUCCAUUCUAAGUGGGGAAACAGGUGGUCGAAAAUUGCACAACAUUUACCAGGAAGAACGGACAACGAAAUCAAGAACUACUGGAGAACUAGAGUGCAGAAACAGGCAAGGCACCUAAAAGUAGAUGCUAAUAGUGCUGCUUUCCAGGAUAUAAUUCGUUGUUUCUGGAUCCCAAGAUUGCUUCAGAAGAUAGAAGGAUCAAAAACUUUAUCUUUAUCAUCAUCGUCAUCAAGAUCAUCUUCCAUGUUAUCCCAGAACCCAACAGUUUCUGAUCAGCCUGUGAAUUAUGCUGCUCCAGAUUUACCAUUGCCACCACCACCGCCACAACAGCUGCCACAGGAAGUUUCUGGUUAUCAUCAGGAGCAUCAUGACCAUAACUCAGACUCGGAGCAUACCUCAAAUUCUUGCAUUUCUUCCACAGAAUCAAUGAAUUUCUCACAAAUAUCUCAAUUAUCAGAAUACCCAAAUAGUCCUUUUCACGGCAUAGGCACCUUUCAGAAGGAUUGCUACUAUGUUGAUAUUGGCUGCAAUAACAUGGAAACCAUGGCCCUGGCAACUCUGUCAGUCCCUGCAGGAGAAUUUCAGAACCCACUCUGCGAUCCCCACGUGGCGGAAAGCAAUUGGGUUGGAUGUGAUUUUGGAGGUAACAUAUGGAGCAUGGAUGAAUUUAUGGCAAUUUAGGAGCUUACAAGAAUUGUUAAUUAUAGGAUUAAUUGUGUGAUUUUGGGACAAACAAUUGCUAAUUUUUCUACCCAAUAAUUUACAGCAACUGUUAAUUCCAUGUCUGUCUAUAAGCUUUUGUUUGAAAUCAAUCCUAGUACAAUAGCUAAAUUGGACCUAUUGAUAACAAGGGGGUGAUAAUAAUAUUAAUUUUGGAGUAAUUAAAGAUAAUUUUCUGAA